AUGAUGAGUUUGGAGUCUAAUUCUCAAAGAACGCCCACAUCACACUGUGUUUUUAUCACUGGUGUAACCGGAUUCGUCGGCGGCACUAUCCUAUCCUGUCUUUUGAAGGCACAUCCUAACUUUCGCGUCAAAGCUCUGAUCCGUGAGGAGAAGAAUGCUAAAGAACUCCAAUCGGUCUAUCCAAAUCUCACCCCCAUCAUCGGCGAACUUUCCUCGCUUUCUCUUCUCACAUCCACGGCAGCAGAGGCCGACUUCGUCAUCCAUGCUGGAGGUGACAAUGUCCCUGCUGUUUGCGCGAUGAUAGAUGGAUUAUCAUGCCGUGUCACCAAUGGAUCGCCCAUGCCACGACUCAUCAGCCUAACUGGCCCCCGAAGUCUUAUUGACUUCUCGAGUCCCAUCACUGGAAAUUUGAAGGAAAACAGCCCUCCUUGGAGCGAUAUCUUGGACGCGCAUGCAAUACUGAACGUGCCGAAGGAUCGCAUUCACGCUGGUGCUGACCAAGCCAUCGUCGCUCACAGUGCUGAUAAAGGAGUGGGCACAAUGCUGAUCUCGCCUGGUCAAUUGUGGGGACGGGGCAUGGGCCAUCUGAAGAAGGAGAGCAAUGCGGCGUUCUAUUAUGCCACUGUUAAGAGCCGUGGACGGGCCUUUGUAAUCGGUGAGGGUACCGCAACAUGGUCGUGGGUCUCCAUUAGUGAUUUGGGAGAUGCAGUCGUGUUCCUGAUGGAUCAGGCACUGAGCAAGAGACGAGGAGAAGUAGGAAUAAAUCAAGACGGCUACUACUUUGUUAGUACCGGAGACUUGAGUAUGGUGGAAAGGGCCAAAGCUGUCAGUGAGCGAUUGGGUCUUGGAGAAGUAGAAAGCGUGUCAGUCGAUGCCGCAAGAGAGAUCCAUCCAUUUGGUCCUAUUAUGUGGGGUUGUGGUGAAAGAACAAGAUCGGACAAGCUGUUCAAACUUGGUUGGAGGCCUAAACAGACUGAAUGGAAGGCUUUAAUGGAAGAGGAAGGCGGGGAGAGGGCAUAA